UCGCGUCAAUUAUUGGUUUAAGUAGUGUUCACGUUCCCUCUUCUAAUCUUUUUCGCUCUUGUAAAAUUCUGUCAAUCGACCAGAAAUAAGCAUCCCACGAGUGGAUUUUCACAGACUGCAAGCAUAGAUCUCCAUUUUUAGUGUCAGCCAUUUAAAUUCUUCUGAAGACGGGUGUUUAGUUAGUACAUUUUGAUGACCUCUGUGGUCAUGUACUCAGUGGUAUCCAGCGAUAAAUACGUAAUUUAAUGUCAUAUUGACCGAGGACGCUUCAAUAGAUAAUCUUUUAUCAGACUAUUAAAUAAUGAGCGGCCCGGAGCGUGCACAUCACCGGCCACUUCGCGAGUGCGCCCGCGCUAGUUCGAAGACGGACGCCCGACGAGCGCUUACUCUAUUUUGACACCAAAUACUUUUUGAACUCGAAAGACUCCGUGAAGUGACAAAUAAGUGAACUUUCCUACCGACACAAGUCUGCCAGCUAAUAUAGUCGUGUUUGUGAACUUGUUGUGUUUUUACUAAAAUGUGCUUUAACUAUAAAAUAGUAAUUGUGUAAGAAAUGUGGUUAUAUACAUUGAAAAUACCGGGAUUUGGCAAGCACGUAUUAUACGAAGAGAGUGCCAAAAUGACGGCACAAACAGAGCAUGAGGUCACGGCGGUGGUGUGGUGUCCGCAUGGAAGCCCGGCGGACUGCUGAUCACGCGCUGCACACGCUGCGUGCGCAGUUUCGCCGCGCCCUGCCGGAAUGGACCGCGCGCGCCUCUCGCCGACGCCGGACUGCGCGAACCAUCGGCCGCUCCAAGGAGGACCCCGCGAAACCAUCGAUACCUCAGCCCCGCCCGCGGAGGCCUUAAACGAGCCAGAGACUCCGCGGCCCGCGCCGCGCGCGUUAGCUUCUAUCCCCGAAAGCGAGCCCUUGCUCCGGGAUCCGCUCAGUGUCAGUGCUAUCAGUGAGAAUGUCGCGCGCAAGCACAACGGGCGGCCGCUGCACGUGCAGUUCGACGCGCAGUCGCCCCCCGCGGCUGUGUCCGUGUCGGGCUCCAGCACCAGCUCCAGCUCCUCGGACGACGAGGACGUGUCCAUCGCCGAGGCGCGCCCGCCCGACGGCGGCUGGGGCUGGGUCGUCGUGUUCGCCUCCUUCAUGGUCAACCUCAUCGCCGAUGGCAUCACGUUCAGCUUCGGUGUCUUCUUCCCACAUUUCCUGGAGUAUUUCGGCGAGAGUAAAGGCAAGACGGCCUGGAUCGCCGGUAUCUUCAUGGCGAUGCCGCUGCUGUCCGGGCCCAUCGCGAGCUUCCUCACGGAUAGGUACGGUUGUCGACGGAUGACGAUAUUCGGCUCGAUUCUAGCUGCUAUAGGAUUCGUCAUAUCGGCAUUCGUAGAUAAUAUGGAGACAUUGUUUUUGACGUUCGGUAUCAUGGCUGGAUUCGGAUUGAGUCUGUGUUACGUGGCAGCAGUAGUUAUAGUAGCUUAUUACUUUGAGAAGAAACGUUCCUUAGCCACCGGAAUUUCGGUGUGUGGCAGUGGCAUCGGAACAUUUGUGUUCGCGCCCCUGACCUACGUAUUAUUAGAUGAAUAUGGGUGGCGUGGCACCACGUUAAUAUUAGCUGGCUUAUUUUUAAAUAUGGCAGUGUGUGGAUUGUUGUUCAGAGACUUGCCGUGGACAACCACAAUGAAUGAGGAAAGGGCCAAAGAAAGGAAAAGAAAAAGAGAAAGAAAGCGGUUAAAGCGUUAUCAAGCGUCUUCAGCAGAUAGUUUCUCGGACAGUAAGAGUAGUGCUGCUGGUUCUACGAAAGCGAAUGAAACAGUUGACAUAGAAACAGUAACAUCACCAAUCGUCCCACAAUUUAGUUCUCUAGUGGACUUGCCAACAUUCAUGACGGGAGGUGAAGGAGUGUCACUAGAAGUAUUCGAGUUGAUGUCGAACAGGGGUCGAGCGUACGCCAUUCUGGCGCAGAACUACCCGGGAGUGAUGCUCCCGUCGAGGAGCUUCAGUGACAGCGGGCGGCUGCACGAGCAGUCGCCGCCGCGCGCGCUGAUGUCGCCGGGCGCGGGGUCGCCCGGGGCGCUGUCGCCCACCAGCACGUCGCGGCCGCCGGCGCCCAGCUCGGCGCCCAUCAACGACAAGGCGGCGCUGUCGCUGUGGCUGCGGCGGCAGGCGACGGGCUCCACGAAGAAGCCGCCCGCCUUCCUGAAGGACCUGCGCGUGCACCGCCACUCGCUGACGUACCGCGGCGCCAUGCUUAACAUCAACCGGUACCGACUCAGAGCUUCCUCCUGCCCCAACAUCUUCAGGAACUCCAUGACCACCAUUGCCAAGGAAAAGGUGCAAUGGUAUGCAGGCCUAUGGGACUUCUGGGACCUGGCAGUGGAUGUGCUGGACUUCUCCCACUUCUUGAACCCUGCGUUCCUGAUAUUCGCCAUCUCCAACUUCCUGCUGUACAUGUGGUACGACGUACCCUACGUGUACAUCGCUGACAGCGGCAUGAGCAUGGGCUUCAACGAGUCACAGUCAUCGAUGCUCAUCUCUAUCAUCGGGAUAUUGAACAUGUUUGGAGAGAUCCUACUAGGCUGGGUGGGCGACUUCCAGUGCGUGAACGCGAGCAUAGUGUACGCCGGGUGCAUGGUGGCGUGUGGCCUGGUGACGCUGAUCAUGCCGCUGCUGGGCAGCUACUUCACGCUGGCCUCGGCAUCAGGCGCCUUCGGAGCCUGCAUCGCGGCCAACUACUCCCUCACCAGCAUCAUACUGGUGGAACAGAUCACGCUGGAGAAGUUCACCAAUGCCUACGGAUUCCUCUUGCUCAUUCAAGGAGUUGCUAAUUUAAUUGGGCCGCCUUUAGCUGGCUGGGUGUACGACGUGACAGGUUCCUACGACCUUUCAUUCUACUUAGCCGGAGUCUUCAUCGGUGUCUCAGGCCUGGUACUCCUCGUGUCUCCACUCCUGCGCUGCAUCAAACAUUGCACCAAGCGUUCACCAGAAACUGAGAACAAGAGCAAUGGAGAGAUCAAACAGAAUGGGAAGCUCAUGGUCUAAACUAACAUAAGGUGAUUGGUUUCUAUGUAUUAUGUGUAAAAGGAAUGUUUGUUACGGCCAAGCACAUCAAGUUAUACUAACGUGUAAUGGAAUUUCCACUUUAUUGCAAUGCUUUAAGGUUGGAAAUUAACUGCAGAUGUUUGGGGAACACCAUGCUUCGAAAAUUACUUUAAGCCGAUUUCUAUUGUUAGAAACAUCUAUGACAUUGGCAUCAAUUAAAUUGUAUAAACCUACUAAGUAUGCUGUGGACUUGGGGAAGCAAAAUCAAUUGAGAAAGUCAGACAAACACUCUAUCUGGCUCCUAUAUGCUUUAAAAGAAAAGAAUCCAUGCAAUAGUCGAACCUACACUUCUCCACUUAGGGAAGCAGUAUCAGUAAGCAACUUUGGUUAAGAUUGGUUAAGUCAAUACCGACUCUAAGUAAGUGGUAACUUGAUGUGCUGGUAACUGUAUCACUAGAGACAGGAAUAUGAAUGUUAACGCUUGAUUAUAAGGUCUAUUUUCGCAAGCAGAGAGUAUCUUUAAACUCAAUUGGAAUUUAUCGCCAAUAAUGAUAAAAACCUUUAAAAUUUUAUACCUAUAUUAAAAACCAAUUUGCUCAGUGUUAGCUUACUUCAGAAAUCUUAAAGGUUUUUGUCUUCAAAGAACGGUGAUUGGUCGGUUGAACGUCGCAAUAUGUUUGCUAAGCUUUUGAUUGGCUAGUUUGAAUGUAUGAGAGUUAGACGAACUAGAAUCUUGAAAUCUGACAAGAAAUCAUAUACAUAAGAAUAAUAUUGAAUUUCGAAAUAGUGAAAACAAGUUUUGUUUUGAUCCAAGCUUUUUUUAUAUUAAUUAUUAUUAUUUGAAUCGUGCUAUUGUUUUGAUAUAAUUUCGUAUUUAUAAAUAAAGUGAAGGUGAAAUGGUACUUUUAGUAUUUUAAUAUAGCGAAAAAUUUUGUUUUAAUAACUCAAAAAUAUUAUUUCUUUUCAAUCGUUCGUGUGUUUCAAGUUAGUAUAUUAACAUAGGAGGUAGUGUUUGAAGAGGAAUCGAAUUAUUACAUAGAUAUAGUGCAAGGCAAUCUCGGCACUAAAGCUUUGGAUAAGAAGAUCAUUAUUGAAUAGCUCAAGUAAUAAGAAAUGUGGCUUCGUUUCAUCUAAUAUGAAAAGGAAAGUUUAGAAUGAACAUUUUGUAAUCAAAUAGUGUCUUUAUUUCAAUGGAAUAAGAGUAGUUAUCGCAGAUCUUGUGUGUGGAGGACAAAGUUGUGAAUUUAGAAGUACUUGUAGUCAUAGAAACUGGUUUUCAAAUAAAUGAAUGGUAUUUAUAAGGAUAAAUGAAUGUGUAAGAAUUACUUACAACGUUUUUGUGACGUUCGUACACUGUCAAAUAUAGGAGAAAGCUAUCUAUAGGAGGUUUGGUGAUUGUAUUUGUAUAAAAAUACUACUUAUUUAAUUGUAAACUGGAGGCUAUUUCGAAUAGUUCUUUUAUUCAAGGAUUGAGAUGGAAACUUGACAGUGUAUGAAUGCACCAAAACAUCAACAAUUUGAAAAUUCAAUUCAUCAGACUAAUUAAUAAAUACUUCCAAAUCGAUAAGGUAAUUAGAACUUUAUUAAAAAGAGAAUCACCAAAGACUGCCCAUGAUGCAAACAUCAGAACAUAAGAGAUCUAUCUACCCGUAGUUUUAUCAAACAAGGCUGAACAGAAAACGCCUUUGCUUCAGCUCUUUUUUAAAAUCAACAAGCAAAGGUAUGAUCGCUUCAGCCUAAAACAAUUUGAAUAGAGUAUCUAUAACAUUAUUUAUGCGUAUAUAGUAUUCUAUUAGAAAAUAUUUUUAGAAAUCCAUCUGAGAACUAAUGUGCAUUAUUCCGACAUUAGAAUUUAAGGUUUACUUGAGAUAAGAAAGAUAAAACUGCUAAAUACUAAAUACAUGACUAUGUAUAACCUAUCAAUCGUAGUUUAUAAGUGAUUUUGAGAAAAAAAAACAAAUUACGUACCAAAAAAAUGUUAUCAUGUAGCUUUUUUUCAAUUUUGAGUAGGUUUAGGUAUUAGAAUAAUGCCUUGGACGCUAAAAUGCGACUUUUUCACAGAUAAUUAAUAUUGUAACGACAGCAGUAUGACCUUUACUUACCAGAUACCAGAUGCCUUUUUAAAUCUAGUGACUAAUAUUAAUGCUGUAUAAAUAAAAGACAAAAUAAUAUGAAUAAUUCAUCAAAUCCUUCAAUUUUACUGUUCAUUUUUAAUUAUUCUUCUUCUAUGUAUAAUGUACGGAUUAUUGAGAUAUUUUCUCGUAUCGAUGUAAGCAAUAAAAGGUAUCUUAACAAAAAAUAAAGUAACUGAUCAAAAUACUUCCAGAAUUUCUUUAGUCCCCGUUCAUCGACAAGAGAAAAUAUCUCAAAAUUGUGAAUUAAUCAAAAUCUUCCACCACUAUUUGAUAUAAUAGUAGUAAUUCAAUUUCUAUGUUAUAUAUAAUGAUACAAUCAAAUAAAAUGUACGUUUUAAUAUCAUGACAAACAAACAAUUCGAAUGCAAAUAAUUACUAUAAUCGUGAUGUCAAGUUUUUUAUUAUUGUUGAAUUCGGUGAGUUCUUGCCAAAGUAAUAUAGGGGUGUGUACAAUUUUGUUAUAGUGUUUUGAUGCAACCUGCAUGUCAGUAUAUUAUCCUAUGUUCAUACAUAUACAAAAGUAUAUAUUUGUAUCAGUUUGUGCCCCGUUUACCGAGGGAAUGGUAUGCUAAACCGGUAAUUGUACCCUUAGUAUGAGUUUGCUUUACGUUGAACGAAAUCGAAACAAGAGCGCAUUAGGUGCUUUGAUUGGUCGGUCCAUUCGCGCCGGCCAAUCAGUGCGCCGUACCCGCUCUAGUUUUGAUCUCGUUCAACGUAAAGUAAACUCGUACUAAGGCUUCUGUUCUAUUGCGAAAUUUGCUUUAAAACUGAACUGUGAUAAGCUGCUAUGCUUUGUACAAACCACAAUCACUGUACACAAAAUCUAAGUGAUUGCUUUAAACAUUAAACCAUGUUCUUAAUGCAAUAAAGUUGAUAAUUGCAUCUCAAUUAUUGACGCGUAGUGUUAGUAAGUAGAUUUUGGAAAGUGAAUUGUUCCCUUCGGUAAUAGGAAGUAAAAUGGCGUGUAUUUGUAAGUAGUUAUAAUGUCAAUAUAUGUAUAGAAGUGUUGUUCAAUGUUCAUGUGUCGCUCGGACAGUCGGACAUGUCACGUGAUUGUAUUAAACGGGUAUACAAACAAACGUAUUAUGUAUAUAUCUGAUGCACUCUGUCGUGUGUACUUUAGUAAAAUUCUUUUUUGAAUUUA